GCGAAUAUGCAGUCUCAAAUAAACUCUAGUUACUUCUGUCCAGGUUUCUCUAAUAUUCCAAAAAAUUUUCAAUAAUUUCGCUAACUUUGCAAUUUAUCAGUUACAAGUAAAACUAAUCUUCAAUAUUAUGUUAACAAUUCACUAACAAAAAGUGAUUUUACAGUCGGGUUUCAAGAAUUAAAAAUCUUCCACAUUUUGUGGUUAGGAACUCUUGAUCAAAACAUCAAAAACGAAGAUCCAAGUGUCGGAUCCAAACUUAAUUUUGCAGUUUUCUUCAGUGAAAACUGUAUAGAAAGUAAUUUAAUCAAAAUGGAAACUGAAACAGAACUUUCUGUGAAGGAAAUCACCACAGAGAAAAUUACCAUAGAUGAGAAUAACUCGGUAGAAAUCUCUCUCGAAGAGAAUAACGCCGAAGAUGUAUCUGACGAGAACAACCGUGAGGGAACUUCUGUUGACGAGAACCACCCUGAGGAAAUUUCUGUUGAUGAGAACAAUCCUGAUGACAUUUCUGUCGACGAAAACAACCCCGAGGAAGUAAGUAGCACCGAAAACAAUGAAAAUACCAGUGAAGUAAUUGACGAGAAUAACACUGAGGAUAUUUGUAUCGGUGAAAAUAUGCCAGCGGAGGAGGAACUAAGGCAGUUUGACGUUCUCGACGAUUUAGAACAUCGCGAUGAUACUACGACCGAUUCUGAUACUUACACAAAUGACAGCAGUGAUUCCGAUAUCCCGCAUGAGGAAAUUGAAGCGAUGUUGGAAGAGAGUCUUCCAGAGGAGUUCAGAAAAAAGAGAAAAGGAAGUAAAGAAUUCAUCCCCUAUGAAGAAAAAGAAAAACUUGUCUUGGAUGAAAUUGGACACAAUCACUUUGAUGUUCUCCCAGAAGGGUGGGUCCAGGUAACCCACAAUAGUGGAAUGCCACUUUAUUUACACAAGCAUUCCAGAGUUUGUACUCUAUCAAAACCCUACUUCCUUGGACCAGGAAGUGUCAGAAAGCACGAAGUCCCCGUUAGUGCCAUUCCCUGUAUGCAAUACCGAAGAGCAUUGCAGGACGAAAUAGACGAGAAAGAAAAAGAGAAGGAAAAAGAACAGUCUCCUGUCGUCGAACCUUGCAAUCUUCCCAGCGCAAAAAUCGAAACUGUUCAAGAAAAUCGAGCAGCUCACUCUUUGGAUAGUGAUCAGCUGAGAACUUACUGCCAGGGUCUCUUUCGUUUUAAAUCUAUCAAGGUCAUGAGAUUUCAAUCCUGGUCAGCCAGAAGAAAAUUUACCAAGAGUAAAAAGCACAGGAAGCAGUUGGAGCGACCAACUCUUCCUGAUGGAACGAAAUUGAUUACUUUUCCCAUUGCGAGUGCAGCUAAUACGGGGAACAAUGAUACGAAUGAACAAGAGAGUGGAGGCGGUGCUCGUCCUCCCAAGCAUUGGAUAAUGAAUCCCUCAGGUAAAAGUUACGUUUGCAUUUUGCACGAAUAUGUUCAACAUGCUUUAAAAAAACAACCUACUUACAGAUUCAAAGAAUUGGAAAAUGCUGCAACUCCAUACUCUGCGGUUGUUUGCAUCAACGAUAUGGAAUAUGGCUACGGUUUUGGAAGUAGUAAAAAGCAGGCAAAAGCAAACGCAGCUCGUAAAACUCUUGAAAUUCUAAUUCCGCAAAUGAGGGACAAAAUUUCGGGGGAUUCGAAUGCAGAUGGAGUUUCGACGAAUGCUGGAUGGGCAAUAAAAGCUGCGAAGGGAGAUUCUGAUGCUGAUCUCACGUUCUUCGAUGAAAUAUCGAUAACGGAUCCACGAGUUGCAGAAUUUUGUGCAAAAACGACUGAGCCGUCGCCUCAUGCGAUUCUAAUUACUUGUUUGCAGAGGAAUUUCGGCCAGGGAGAUAUGCAGAUUGAUUAUUCUGUAAAUACGUUGAAACAUCAGAAAAACGAAUUCACGAUGAAGGUGGGGAAGCAUGAAGUUACUGUCGUUUGCAGGAAUAAAAAGGAUGGCAAACAGAGAGCGGCUCAGGAGAUUUUGCAGAGAUUGCACCCUCAUAUUCACUCCUGGGGAUCUUUGCUGAGGCUUUAUGGGUCGAGAAGUGUGAAGACUUUCAAGGAGAAGAAACAACUGGAACAGGAAAUCACAUUACUGCAGGGAAAAGCGACUGUCAAUCAACCAAAUCAUGCAAUUUUGGGAAAAUUGAAACAGGAAAUGAAGAAGUUGGCUGAAAUAAAACAAGCUGUGCAACCAAUUGGAAAGUUUGUCUCUUCUGAUUUGCCUUCUGGCUCGGCUGCGAAUUUAAAUAAUGUGGAUUUGUAGUCAAACACAGAGGAAAUUUUGAUAGACCGAAAGUGUGGGAGAGGAUAAUGUGUACCAGGCAAUUAUUUUCAUCAUUUUUAUUCUGGUAUAGUUUAAAUGUGAUAAAUGGAUAAACAUGACUUAGAUGUAAAUAUUGCGGAUUCAAUUGAUGAGACUUGGAUUAAAGUACCAUUCGAAUUUCUUGAAUGAUUGGAAGACUCUAUAAUUGGAAAAUUAUCUCGUAAAAGUAUUCUAUGGAAAGGUACUCUAAAAAAAUUCUAAAUAAAUUUAAUUUUAUCUUGUCAACAUUAUGUAAUCUCAAUACUAGUUUUAUUAUAAAAAAUAAUGUCUGAUUGAAAUUACGUUUAAAGAAUAAUAUAGUUCCGACAGUUUGUCAUUUAUUAAUUUAAAGCUCAAAGAAUUAUAAAUAAUGAUUUUGAAUAUUAUAUUCUCUUUUAUUAGAAAAUAUAUUUACAAUUAGAUGUUUCAACAUUUUUUAGCUAUAUAUAUUAUACGUUCAAUUCAAAUGUUCUUAAUGUGUUAUUAGGUUCAACUAAAAAUUUGAAUAAAAUCUAUAUUUAUAAAUUUUAAAU